AUGUCCACCGGCGGCUCGUCCGGAUCCCCCCGCGCGGACGCGAAGAUGGUGGAGGACGCCCAGCGUGCGCUCGUAGCGUUUUCUGGUGUCCCCGCGGCGGCCGUCUCCGGAGAGGCCGGCGCCGAGACUGAGAUCGACCUGAACGACUUCAUGUCUCUGCGUCGCCCCCAGAACAUCAUGUCGGGCAUAUCCUCCGGCAUGCAGUCCGUCGGGAAGGGCGUCCUGGGCGGCGCCGCGGCUCUCAUCGCCGCGCCCGUCGUCGGCGCCAGGUCCGAGGGACUCAGCGGGUUCGCCAAGGGACUCGGCGCGGGGCUCUGCGCGGCGGUCGCGUUACCCGUCGCGGGCGCCGCCGUCGGCAUCACGCAGAUCGCGCGGGGCGCUUACAACACCCCGGAAGCCAUCAUGGAGGCCAACGCGGGGAAGCGAUGGGACUCGCACCGACGCGUCUGGGUCGCCGAGGAUCUCGUCCAGGAAUCGCUCAGACUCUCGGAGUGCUCCGACGACGACAUCCUGGAGAAGGCGAGGGAACGCGCCAAGGCUCGCGGCGAGGCUCCGGGCCUGGAGGGCGCCCUCGGAGGGGGAGGAGGCGCGGCGGUGAACGGCGGCGGCGUCGCAUCCACCGAAUACUACGACGCCCUCGAGGUCGCCCCGUCCGCCACCCCGGCGGAGAUCAAGCGCUCCUAUUACCUCCUCGCCAGGAAACUUCACCCGGAUAAGAAUCCCGACGACCCGGAGGCGCACCAAAAGUUUCAGCGCAUCGGCGAGGCGUAUCAGGUGCUCAGCGACGAGAGCCUGCGCAAAAAGUACGACGAGCGGGGCAAGGACGGCCUGAAAGACCACGCCUUUGUCGACCCGAGUGCUUUUUUCGCGAUGCUAUUCGGCAGCGACCAGAUGGAGGGCUUAGUCGGCAGGCUGCAGCUCGCGACGCUCGCGGCGGCGGGGGCGGAUCUGACCAAGGACGAGCGCAGGUUGCUGCAGGAGAGGCGCGUGGGGCGGUUGGCGGUCAAGCUCGCGGCGAUGCUUCAGGGAUACGUGGACGCGGCGGGUGACGAGGCGAAGGUCAAAUCGUUCGAGGGGCACAUUCGCGCGAUGGCCGAUCACCUCGUCGCCGCGAGCUACGGGGACAUCAUGCUCCACACGAUAGGGUUCGUGUACGAGAAGCAGUCGCUGGAGUAUCAGACGGAUCCGGUGGGCGGGAUGGGGACGUGGGCUGACCUGGGAUUUCGCGCCAACUACGCUCGCAUGGAGCAGAUGGGCAAGCGCAUGCAGUCGCAGUUUAACGCGUUGGGAGCGGGGAUGCGGGUGAUAUCCACGAUGCGAGCGGCGGACACCGAGGCCAAGGCGGCGCAAGGCGGCGGCGGCGACGAGUCCGCGGCGGAGGCUGCGAUGGCUAAGAGGCAGAAGGACGUCCUGAACCACGUCAUGGAGGCCAUCUGGAACGCGUCGGCGCUGGACAUCGAGGCUACCAUCCGCAAGGUGUGCGACAAGGUGCUUCACGACUUUUCCGUGAGCAAGGAGGUUCGGGGGCGACGGGCGAAGGGGCUGGAGAUAAUGGGGCAGAUCUUCCAGGCGGUCAAGGCUCCGGAGGGAAAAGGGGACAGGAUGCGGGACGUGGAGGAGGCGAUGCGUAAGGCUUUCAUGGGUGCGGAGGAGGACGGGGCCGAGUCGGACUGAAAGCCUCGGACUGACGGCCCAGAAAGUUUUAACCGAAAAGGCGACGACGACGCGACUGUGCUCACGGAGAAGUGUGCAUCCACGCGGGAGUCCUUCUAAGUGUUAGCUGGUAGCUAGCUAGAGUCCUUCAGGAGUCCUUCUCCUAGAGGAUGCGUCUCACGUCCUCCGGGAGCACCCGCAUCAGAGCGUCGAGCUCGCGCGACGCGCGUUCGGUCAGGGAGCGCCGGCCCGACGCGACCCACGCGAUGCCGUUGACGAAAUCCAUCUGAUUCCAGAA